AUGAUAAUAAUAAUAAUAUAAAAAGUUUAGAUAGUGUACACAAUAAAUUAUAAGUAAAUCUAAAUGUAUUGUGUUACUCUAGAAUUCACCUGCUAUAAUCUAUGGGGUAGAAAAACAAAGAAUACAUUUACAACAACAAAAUAAAUAUUGAAUCCUAGUGUACCUACUCGUUUUGUGCAUGAGAAAACACCCACAUACACACAAACACACAUACAAUACACACAGGCAUGUUCAUCCUUAUGUAAACAGUGGGACUUGGGGAUUGUGAGGGAUAGAACAUUCCCACUCCGAUGCCUGCUGCAUUAAGCAGUAACCUGUGGAUUCAUUGAGAUCAGAGGAACGGACUUAAAUCAUUUUAUUCACCUGGACAGCUUUUUAGUUGUUACACUGUACAGAGGGCUGCUUUGAGACAUGUUAAAGAUGGCCCAGCUUCUGUUCCUGGUGGUUUCCCUGAUUGGGUGCCUGGCACCCAGCAUACACGCGACGUCCCAUCUGCAGUUCGCCAACGGUACCAGGGUAAACGUCACGCGGACCGGUUGUGGAAACACUAAGCUCUGCUUGGAGGACCCCGAGGGCUGCGACCCAGCGGCAGGUAGCUGUCUCUUUGGCUCCGUAACGGCCGGCCUCGUGGAAGCCUCCAACGGCAGCAGCCUGAGCAUCACGCUCAGGCUGAGCGGAGAGUCCAACCAAUACGUAGCCCUGGGACUCAACGCCGAUCAACCGGAGGGAACCACAACGGUGUUUGUCUGCGGCCAAACAAACGGGUCAUUCCAAUUCUUCACGGCCAAGCGCAACAACAGAGCCAGUGACGGCGUUCUGACGCUCAGCGAGACGCCAGUGGAGGACAUCCAGGGUCAGCUGACUGGGAGGAUGGUCCAGUGUAGUUUCACCGUCCCCAACGUCAACGCCAUGGCAACAGGAGGCCGUCAUGUCUCCACCUUCAUUGUCGAACUUGGAACAGGAGUGAUCAAUGGCACCUCUCUGCUGCUCUGGAGUUUCCUCACCUGGUUCGCUCUGCGGAGGAUGUGAACCAAGACCACCGAGACAUCGCCCCGGGAGGAACACAAUAGAAACCGUUGUUGCUCGGAAUAUAUUAACACACAAAGGUUCAUCUUAGCAAUAGUUAAGAUAAGAUGGUAAAGUAAGUACAUGUUCCCAGGGAGGAAAAUGUGGAAGGGCUGAGCAGCCAGUGUGGGACCGUAGUAGAAUAAAAAAUACAUAAUUAAAACAAUGUAAAAAUAUAGCACCGAAAAAUGUGGACAAUUUGACUAUGUACCCUUGACAUGCAUAGAAAUAUGUGAAAGUCACUAAUUCAGAUCGUCUUUCUGCCUCUGGCCAAGAUGAAGUUCCCCUGGGCUCGCUUUGUGCUGUAUUCUCGUGAUUUUGCUGUAAAGGUG